AGACACGGAGCGUGGUGCCGCCGGCCGGCGCGCGGCGUGUGCGAGAGACGUGCUGUGGCACCCGCAGGUGCGCGGAACCCAGUGGGAGUGAUUGGUGGACCUGUGUCAGAGACCGAGGCUGCAGCCGGAGUGUUCCCAGGCGUCGCGAUGGCGGCCAAACCGUCGCCGAAAGACGGCAACCGGCUCAUGUGCCGCCAGUGGUGGAAAGUGUGCUUUGUGUAUGGCGACCAGUACAAAUACUACAAACAACUCUAUGGGAAGCGCACCAAGAUCCAGACGCUGCGCGGAUUGGACGCGCGCAGCGAGGCGUCGAUGACAGUACAAGAGAAAGUGUGCCGCAACUGUAAAUGUCCACGGGAGGACCACUCGCAGUGCAGCCCGGCGGCCAUGGGCGAGCUGCCGCCCGUGCCGGCGGCGCCCAGUCCGCUGGCCAAGAUCCUCCCUGGCCGCAGCAGCGACCCGCAGCGGCACAGCCAGAGCGACGACGACUCGGGCUGCGCGCUGGAGGAGUACACCUGGGUGCCGAGCGGCCUCAAACCCGAACAGGUGCACCUGUACUUCUGCGCACUGCCAGAGGACAAGGUGCCCUACGUCAACUCGGUGGGCGAAAAGUACCGCGUGAAGCAGCUCAUCACGCAGCUCCCGCCGCAUGAUAAUGAGGUGCGGUACUGUAACAGUCUCUCCGAGGACGAGAAGCGGGAGCUGCGUCUGUUCUCUGCUCAGCGUAAACGGGAGGCGCUGGGUCGCGGGACUGCCCGCCAGCUGCCGCCCACCCUGCAGACGCCGGUUCACUGCGCCAGCUGUUCGGAGCCGUUCUCUGGCGCCGAUAUGUGCGUUCAGGCGUCCCGCGCCGGGCCGAACGUCUCGUGGCACCCGGCCUGCUUCACGUGCUGCGUGUGCCGCGAGCUGCUCGUCGACAUGAUCUACUUCUUCAAGGAGGGCCGCAUGUUCUGCGGCCGCCACCACGCCGAGAGCCUGAAGCCGCGCUGCGCCGCCUGUGACGAGAUUAUCCUUGCGGACGAGUGCACAGAAGCGGAAGGCCGCGCGUGGCACAUGAAGCACUUUGCGUGUUUCGAGUGCGACCAGCAGCUGGGCGGCCAGCGUUACAUUAUGCGCGAGGGCCGGCCCUACUGCCUGGGCUGCUUCGACGCCAUGUUCGCCGAGUACUGCGACGCUUGCGGAGAGUCCAUCGGCGUCGACCAAGGUCAAAUGACGCACGAGGGUCAGCACUGGCACGCCACGCGCGACUGUUUCUCGUGCCAGUUCUGCCGCACGUCGCUGCUGGGCCGGCCGUUCCUGCCUCGCCGCGGCGCCAUCUUCUGCUCGAUCCCGUGCAGCCGCGGCGAGGCGCCGGCGGUGUCCGCUGCGGACGCAGAGGGCGCCACCACCGCGCCGCCGCCGCCCCCAGAGGCCGAGGCGCUCUACUCGUCCCCCAAGUCGCCGGCCGCCGACUGUAUGCUGGAGGCGCUCUCCCUGGACGAGCGGGGCCGGCCGCCGGAGACGACGGGCACCCAGACCACCGAGACGGCCAGCUACGGGGCGGCAAAGGCCGGCGCCGAGCUCAGCUACGGGGCGCGCUCUGCCGGUACCGAGCCAGGGUACGGAGCGCGCUCCGCCGGCCCGGUGCCAGCAUACGGCCGGACGCCCGGGCCCGCGGAGCCCACCUACGGAGCACGCUCCGCCUCCACCGAGCCCGGCUACGGCCGCACCCCGCCCUCGGCCGAGCUGGGGUACGGCCGGGCGGCCGGGCACGACCAGGGCCACGGCCGGCUGAUGGGCGGCGCCGAGCACGGCUACGGCCGCAGCCCCGAGCCGGGCUACGGCCGGGCGUGCUCGGCGGAGCCCGGCCGCGGCCCCGUCCCCGGCUACGGCAGGACCUGCUCUUCCAUCGGGCCGACGUAUGGCGUGCGGCCCACUCCCGGGAUGGGCGGCUACGGCCUGCCGCCCACCUCCGAGGGGAACGUCGGUCUUCCACCGCCGCCCGAGUCCGGGCACGGGCACGAUCAGAGGCACGGGCACGGGCACGAUCAGCGUCACGGGCACGGACACGAUCAGCGGCACGGACACGAUCAGCGGCACGGACACGGACACGGGCUGCCGACCAGCGACCCGGCGUACAGCGCGGCUGUGGUGUCCCGCGCGGCCGCCGAGCUGGCCGCCGGCGGCGCCUUCUCGGCCGACUCGAGCGUGGACAGCGGCGUGCCGCGCACCGGCUCGGCGGCCUCACAGGUGAACGACGCGCCGGUGCCGUCUCCGGCGCCGUCCGCCUCGCCCGUGCACCGGCCGCGCGGCGAGCCCACCCCGCUGGGCAGCCCCGGGGCGCGGCGGGCCUCACCCAUCAUGGGCCGCAAGGCGCUGCAGCACUCGCCCAAACUGGGCCGCCGGCCGCUGGCGCCGUUCAGCCCCUCCGAGGGAGGCGCGCCGCCCACCUCGUCUUCCGCCACGUCUUCCUCCCCGUCAGCGGCGGCAGCUGCGGCAUCCGCACCUGCCGCCUCGGCCGGCGCGUCACCCGGCGCGUCCCCGGAGGGCGCGUACCGGGCCGGCCGGUCGGCCAGUGACAAGGCGCUGGACACGGCGCUGCGGGACGAGCGGCUCGGCUCGGAGCGCAGUCUGGAGCGCAUCCUGCACCAGAAGAACCUCGAACAGGUGGUGGCCGAGCGCAGCGUCGAGGUGCUACGAGAGAUCAGCCUCACAGACGUGGACGCCGAGCGGCUCGGCGAGAUCGUGCGCCGCGAGCUGCGGGACCGGCUGCUGCGCGAGCUCGGCAGCAGCGCCGAGCGCCAGGUGCGCCGCAGCAGCAGCCUGCGCGCCGAGGCCGGCCGGCACGCCUCCCUGCCCGACCUGCGACGGGAGGCGGCCGACGCCGCGCCGGCCUCGCCGUCCGCCGGCGGCCGACAGCCGCACAAGUCCAGCCUGAGCGCGCGCCACCUGCGCGAGGGCCGCACGCCGUCCGGCAGCGGCGCGCGCAGCCGCAGCGUGCGCUUCGACCCGAGCCAGGUGCGCGAGGCGUCUCCGCCGGAGGGCGACGACGCGCCCAACACGAGCACCGACAGCUCGGGCAGCCCGGCCGGCGGUGCGCGCCGCCGGCACGGUACGUUCCCGCGCGCGCGGCCGGCGCCGGCGCACCCGCGCGCGCGCGACGUGUUCACGGCGCCGGCGGCGGCGCCCAUCGAGGACGACCGGCACAGCUCGUGCAGCACGUGCAGCUCGUCCAGCAGCGAGGACGACUUCCCGUACGAGCUGCCGCCGCGGAGAGCGUACGGCGGCGUGCGCAUCUCGUACGUGCCCAACGACUCGCUGGCGUACGCGCGCCAGCGGCAGGCGAGCAGCGGCGGCGGCCGGCGCCGGCACAGAGAGGACAAGGAGAAGUGCAUCGUGUCGUGAUACCAGCGGCGGCCGCCAGGGGCGCUGCCGGCGCUGUCUGUACAAACCACGGCCAAACCGAGAUCCCGUGUUGCAGGAAUGUUGUUUGAUAUUGUGCGUUAUGUAUUGCAGAUUUUAGCCGCAUGGCCUCUACUCGGAUGCCUUCUGCCAAUGUGUUACAUUUGAAUACAGUAUUGACUCAUAA